AUGGAAGCAGAUCAGCCUUCUCCGGAUAAACCGCGCAAGAAGACGACUUCGGCUGCGCAUCGCAAGUCUUUAGCUUGCGAGUACUGCCAUCGCUCGUUUGCGCGGCUCGAGCAUCUUCAAAGACAUCUCCGCACUCGUAAAAGCUCCCCGCCCGCCCAGAGUCCCCGAAGUGCGACUCUCCCAUUGAGCUUUGCUAACAUUGGUCGUGGCUUUCCGAAAACAGAUACCAAAGAAAAACCUUUCUCAUGCGAUAUUUGUUCCAAGUCUUUUGCUCGAAGUGACCUCCUUGUCCGACAUGAGCGUUUGGUGCACCCCGGGGAAGCGGCUACGCACCGAGGAGAGCGUCGGUCUGGAACUGAUGUAAAAGCUUCUCAUCAAACAAUCCCGCUGAGCCCGGCUUCCAUGAUACCACCUGCCCAUCAUGAGCCUCGCGUGCUGGACAUGCAUGACCCCAUUGGCAUUCAGCAACCACCACCUCCGCAUCCACCAGUACCGCCGCCGGAGGUACAGGUACAUCACGCGCCGUUGAUCGAGCCGAAUCACUUCAAUCCCUCCUGGGGCUACGACCUCAAUCUCCUUUCGCACGCUGCCAGCCAUGUCGCUCUGGAAAACCAACAAGAGCUCGCCUUGGAAUCCAUUCGAAAACCGCAUCUCCCAACCGGACCCUCCCCUCAAUUACAGGCUGCGGUACAAGAGAAAAGUAUCGCUGAUGCAUACAGUGUGGAGCCAUCAUUUCUUGAUCUCACCGAUCUUGGAGAUCCAGUUCAAGAUUUCACGGUUUUUCUAGAGAGUGUCGGGCUAUCAACCGACUGGGAUUCAGGUGUCUUCUCAUCAGUCGAGACAGAUCCGUUACUGUCAAACUCCAUACAAUUUGAUACCAAGCCGCCAGGCCGGGAAUAUGGCCAGCCAAGACUGAACCCGGAUAUCCUCAGUGAACAACGGGCGUCAGCGGAUGAAGCUCCGUCCUUCUCCAAUUUUGGAUCCAGGCUCCCAUCCUUACAACCUGAACCUCAAGAAUCCGAUGAGCGCGCCAGUCUACUUGAUGAUCCUACAAAUCCGCGUCCAGCAUGGGAUAUUUCCAACACCGAUCGGCAGUUGUUUUUGACUAGACUUGACGAAUUUGCUCACGUCCUUCCUCGCGGAUUCGUACCGCCGUCCAGACAUGCUCUAUCACGCUUCAUUGCCGGUUAUAUUAAUGGUCUCAAUGAGCAUCUUCCAUUUAUUCAUGUGCCGACGCUAUCUGUAGUUCGAUGCCUUCCUGAGCUCACCCUGGCUCUCGCUGCUGCGGGGUCUCACUACAGAUUUGAGAACAGUCGAGGCAUUGAGCUCUUCCAUGCAGCGAAAGCAAUCUUGUUUGAGCGGAUACGGCGAAGGGAUGCGAAGCAAGUUCCCACGCCGACAUGGGAUGUCUAUGUUCCCAGUACACCGUCGCAAAGAAGCUCUAUGGCGCCUUCGAAUGCACCCGGUAGCCCUUUUCAAGCCCAAAAGUUCCCUCCCCAGCUGGAAAGCAUGAGCUAUAUGAUGGAUGAGUCCGAAGCUCAUAUGGAAGUCAUUCAAACGUUCCUACUCCUGACUGUUUUCGCAUCCUGGGAAAGACAGCCCGAAUUACUUCGAGAAAUACUCGCUCUACAAAGCACCCUGGCCAGAUUAGUACGGGAACACGGGCUCUCAGACUCGUCUAUCGUCUCUGAUAACCUGGCCUGGGAUGAAUGGGCUCGCUUGGAGGGUAACCGACGCACAAAAUUGAUCGUUUAUUGUUUCUUUAAUUUGCACUCUAUCAUGUACAAUAUCCCCCCGCUUAUAAUGAACUCGGAGCUGAAUCUGAGGAUGCCAUGCGCGCACGAAAUUUGGAAAGCGAAUAAUGCGUCGCAAUGGCGACGUAUAUAUCGUUCGCGGCAUGAACCAAUCGUCACUUUUCAAGACGCGUUCGCAAAACUCUUUUUGAAAACACCGCCGCCGAAUCCAUGCCCUAUUUCCCCUCUUGGAAACUAUAUUCUGAUUCAUGCAAUCAUUCAACAAAUAUUCUUUGCUCGUCAACUGCGCAUAACAUCUCCACUUAUGCCGAGCACAAGUCUUCGCGCAGAGGACCUCACAGCAUUGGAGAAUGCAUUGAAUGCAUGGAAGGCAGGGUGGAAACGAACUCCUGGGUCAAGCAUUGACCCUCAGAAUCCAGCAGGUCCGAUUGCUUUCACAUCUACCGCCCUUUUGGGAUUAGCAUAUAUCAGACUCCAUCUAGAUAUGGGACCAUGUCGACGGCUAGUGACUCAAGAUCCCCUUCAAAUUGCAAGAGCCCUGCAGGAAUCGCCGCCGAUUGUACGCAGUCCAAAAUUGAUUAUGGCUCUUCUUCAUUCCGCUCAUGCACUUUCCAUUCCCGUGAGACUCGGGAUCGACUUUGUUGCGCGAACCCAUUCGUUCUUUUGGAGUAUUCAGCACUCGCUCUGCAGCUUGGAAUGCGCAUUUUUGCUGAGUGAAUGGCUCCUUUCGAUUCCAUUGACGCAAAGCGAGCAGAGAUUAUCUGACCAUGAACGAAAACUACUUUUAUGGAUCAAGAGCAUGAUGGACGAGACUGAUAUGGCAAUAGCAACGUCAUCCGUCGAUGGGCAUGAUCUUGAUUUCACCCAAGAUCCAUUCAAGGUUCGGCGGUUGAGUGUUGCUGUGGUGCGUGUUUGGGCACGUACAUUUAAGGGCAAUACAAGUUGGGCUAUUGUUGAUCUAAUUGGAUCCAGCCUUGAGGCUUAUGCCGAUCUUUUGGAAGGUUGA